AUUAAACAAUAAGUUUCGAAGAUUUAACAUAUUAUUCUCAGCAUUUUAUAUCUCUGUCACAAUUCUCAAUCCCUUAAACAUAUGGAACUAGUCUUACACAUCAAACUCUAGAGUGCAACUCAUGAACUAAUAAUAGGGUAUCUGGUUAUUUAGUUAACCAAACAGGCUAGAACUGCUAACUUGGCCUGUAUAGACAGUAAGGUAACUUCAAAAUUUUGAACUCUUCAUUGUUUUUUCCAACAUGAGAUCUUAUAUAUAGCAGAAACUUGCAAUCUGAUGAUUCAUAUCAAGCACUAGAACACAUUGUCUAGAGAGAGAGAGAGAGAGAAUGAAGACAUUGAAAUUGGGAGCAUCUCUUCUUAUUUUGUUCUCUCUUCUAGUAGCACAAUGUCCAGAAGCUAAGGCUCAGGUCUGCAAAACUAGUGGCAACAUUAGGGGGAGAAAACCUCCCCCUGGACAAUGCAACAAAGAGAAUGGCUCCGACUGCUGUGUGCAAGGCAAACUCUACCCAAUAUAUAGGUGUUCGCCGUCAGUUUCUGGUCAAACUAAGGCGGUUCUUACUCUCAAUAGCUUCCAAGAUGGUGGAGAUGGUGGUGGCCCAUCAGAAUGUGACAACAAGAACCACCCUGAUGACACACCAGUUGUGGCACUAUCAACCGGAUGGUACAACAGAGGGAGCAGAUGCCACAACUAUAUCACCAUAAGUGCUAAUGGACGAAGCGUGAAGGCUAUGGUGGUUGAUGAGUGUGACUCCACCAUGGGCUGCGAUGGCGACCAUGACUAUCAACCCCCAUGUGCAAACAAUAUCGUCGAUGCCUCAAAAGCUGUGUGGGAAGCCUUGGGUGUCCCUCAUGAUAACUGGGGCGAGUUGGAUAUUACUUGGUCUGAUGCUUAAGUUUUUUCAGCUACUUGUGUUCAAUUAAAGUUUGUGGGACCCUUGAUCCCAUUGUUAAAUUUCUCAAUUCAUGAUUGUAUUAAAUCAAAAAACUAUGAUAUGAUAUAUUUGCUACAAUAUCUUGUAUUCAACAUGUUGAUACUACUUGUUUCCUUCUCUCAA